CAUCAUCAGAUCACACCCAACGGGGCUGCAGCGACCCGCUCCUCCGGCACCAACACCAUGACACCCGGACUCAAACCCACCAUCUGAGCCGCACUGAGGAACCCAAACCCGGAUCCGGAGACACACUCCUUUACGCACGCACAGGGAGACUCAUAUAUUGCAGCCAAAAAGACUGGAACGCCGACCGGGGCGAACUCUACUGCGCCGCGGAUUUGCGCUUUUUCUCCACAAAAAAAAACCAACUCACUCCCUGCGAGUUAUCUCACACCAACAUAAAUACAAUGUCAUCAUCGGUUAAGGACAGCGGGCAUUACGCCAACUAUGUGGGACCGUACCGCUUGGAGAAGACGCUCGGCAAAGGACAGACAGGUCUGGUGAAGCUGGGCAUCCACUGUGUGACGUGUCAGAAAGUCGCUGUGAAGAUCGUCAACAGAGAAAAGCUCAGCGAGUCUGUGCUCAUGAAGGUGGAGCGGGAGAUAGCCAUUCUGAAACUCAUAGAGCACCCCCACGUUUUAAAGCUGCACGACGUCUAUGAAAAUAAGAAAUACCUGUACCUGGUGCUGGAGCAUGUGUCGGGGGGGGAGCUGUUCGACUACCUGGUGAAAAAGGGCCGACUAACACCUAAAGAGGCCAGAAAAUUCUUCAGACAGAUCAUCUCCGCGCUGGACUUCUGCCACAGCCACUCUAUAUGCCACAGAGAUUUGAAGCCCGAGAACUUGUUGUUAGACGAGAAGAACAACAUCAGGAUCGCAGACUUUGGCAUGGCGUCUCUGCAGGUCGGGGACAGUCUGCUGGAGACCAGCUGCGGGUCUCCGCACUACGCCUGCCCAGAGGUGAUCAGGGGGGAGAAGUAUGACGGCAGGAAAGCAGACGCAUGGAGCUGCGGAGUCAUCCUGUUUGCACUUUUAGUGGGCGCUCUGCCCUUCGACGAUGAUAACCUGAGGAACCUCCUGGAGAAAGUGAAGCUGGGAGUUUUCCACAUGCCUCACUUCAUCCCUCCGGACUGUCAGAACCUGCUCCGCGGGAUGAUCGAGGUGGACGCCGGGAAGAGGCUCACGUUAGAGCAGAUCCAGAAGCAUACGUGGUACCUAGCGGGGAAGAACGAGCCUGAGCCGGAGCAGCCCGUCCCGAGGAAGGUGGCCAUCCGGUCGUUGGCUGCCGCCGAGGAGAUCGACCCGGACGUCCUGGAGAGCAUGCACUCGCUCGGCUGCUUCAGAGACAAGGAGAAGCUCCUCAAAGACCUGCUGUCGGAGGAAGAAAACCAGGAGAAGAUGAUCUACUUCCUGCUGCUGGACCGCAAGGAGAGGUAUCCGAGUCAGGAGGACCAGAACCUGCCGCCACGCACCGAGAUCGCAGACCCUCCGAGGAAGCGCGUGGAUUCUCCGAUGCUGAGCCGCCACGGUAAACGGAGGCCGGAGAGGAAGUCCAUGGAGGUGCUGUGCGUCAUGGAGGGGGGGUCACCGGUCCCCGUACGAAGAGCUAUUGACAUGGCCACCCACGGCCAGAGCAAAUCUGUGUUCAGUAAAAGCUUGGAUAUCACAAACGCUAACUGCAGCAAGGAGGAAAGAUCGCGUUCGAUCAGCGGAGCUUCCUCUGGUCUGUCCACCAGUCCUCUCAGCAGUCCCAGGCCGACGCGGCGGUUUUUCAUCCCGCCCCAGUCCCCAGACCUGUGUCAGUCCCCCAACUGCAGCCCCACCCACUCCCACCACGAGGUCCGCCUUAACGGGGGGCCGCGGACACCAAACUCCUACCACCCAAAGAUGGGGUCCCCCCUCAUGCACCCCCGCACACAGACGCUCCCUGCCAAACCCAAAAUGUCCGAGAAGCCCCUGCAGACCACGCGCUCCAACCCCCUCCCCAACACUGAGAGCCCCACCAACCCCAAAUCAGAGCCCUCCACGCCAUCCACUCCUCUGGCCCCCUGCAUCACCAACAGCCCCAGGGUGAGGCGCCACCCCCCCCUCACUGUACCCCCGAAACUCUCCAUACCCCUCUCCCCAGUACCCCCUAUGUCCCCCCGCCGCCGCCACCACCACCACCACCACCUCCACCUUGACCACAACGGCAAAUCUGUCCCCACCACGCAGGUGACCCCCCACCCCUCCCCCAGAGGGAGCCCUCUCCCCACCCCCAAAGGCACCCCUGUGCACACGCCCAAGGACAGCCCGGCCGGGACCCCCAGCCCAACGCCGCCCCCCAGCCCCUCCAUCGGGGGGCUGCCCUGGAGGACGCGCCUCAACUCCAUCAAGAACAGCUUCCUGGGCUCACCGCGCUUCCACCGCAGGAAAAUGCAAGUUCCCACCCAGGAAGACAUGUCCAGUCUAACUCCAGACUCUUCUCCAGAACUGGCGAAGAAGUCGUGGUUCGGUAACUUCAUAAAUCUGGAGAAAGAGGAGCAGAUCUUCAUCGUUAUCAGAGACAAACCUCUGAACUCCAUCAAGGCCGACAUUGUGCACGCCUUCCUCUCCAUCCCCAGCCUGAGUCACAGCGUCAUCUCUCAGACGAGUUUCCGGGCGGAGUAUAAAUCCUCCGCCGGGCCGACGGUGUUCCAGAAGCCGGUGAAGUUCCAGGUGGACAUCACCUACACGGAGAGCAGCAGCGCCACCAAGGACAACGGCAUCUACUCCGUCACCUUCACCCUGCUCUCAGGUCCAAGUCGUCGUUUUAAGCGCGUUGUGGAGACGAUCCAGGCCCAACUGCUCAGCUCCGACCAGCCCGGCAUCCAGCCGCAGAUAUCUGAUGGCUCUCAGCACUCAGCCUCUUUAUCCGGUAAACCCUCAAAGCGUGGCAGCCCGUUGAGUAACUUCUUUGACGUAAUUAAACAGCUUUUUUCAGACGAGAAGAACCUCCAAGCGUCCCCCGCCACGCCUAGCUCCCCCGCCAAGCAUGCCCCCGGCAGCAAGCCCACUCAGCCCCCGCCCAAUGACUCUAAAUGCCCCCCCGGCAAAGACAAAACAAAGACGGCCGCCAGCAACAGGACACAGGAUCAACCUUAAGGAGCGGUAGCCUUGCAUGUGUAGAGAAAGCUGAUAGCUCGGAGUGAAAACACGCAACUUUUUGCCUAUACAUUUUGUACUGUAUACUGGGAAUGGCUGAUCAGUAUUUUACAAUAAGUAGCAAAUGUAGCUUUGUUGUCCCUUCCUCUCUGGGGGUCUUUUUUUCGGGGGGUGUGUGUCCUCCUCAAGUGUGUGAUGGCUUGACUUGUCUCUGCCACCAGGGAUCAUCCAUAAUAACUAUUAACCUCGGCGGCUCCUCGACUCCACCCGCCGCCUGAAGUCUGAAGAAAAGACACCUCCUUUUCCUCCCCCAUUUCACGUCUCACUCCCCUCUCUAUUCCAACCCAUCAGUAGAGUAAACCAGACCAAACAGAUGCUGUGUCUCAAAUUGCGUACUUCUGAAAUUAGAUUUGUUGUUUUUUAAUGUCCCACUUCAAAUUAUUACAAAGCGCACCGUGAGAGCCUGAGUGGUGCUGUGAUGUCGUGUUUUCUGUGUUGGCCCCUGAAGGCACCAUUCGCCUUGGUUCAAUUAGAUUUUUUUAUUAGAUUUUGGAUUUUUGCAGAACAGAAUCUCUGUGUCAAACAGACGUUUAUGAUCCUACACGCUUUGUUCAGCAGGAACAUUUCCACAUGUGAACACCACUUUAUGAUUUCUGAAGUAGAACGCUAACGUUACGCUAUAAAGGAACUACAGCACGCUCACGUGACUUCACGUCACCACCACUAACGGCUUACGUUGAGUGUGAUGACGUUUAGUCGUCUCAUUUAGACCCUCGUUCGCAGCCGCCAUUUUCAAAUUCACCAGUGGGAUAUUUACUGACGUAUUUUACGUUUUAGAUCAAAUGUUAAAAAUCUGUUAACAACAGAACUUAUUUCAAGCUAACAAGCAAAAACACAUUCUGAAACCCAUUGACUUCCAGGCGACAGGAAGUGCUAAAAUGCUGACUCUUUUCAUGGUGCAGGGCUCAUUAGCACACUGUACAAAUAUAAUUACUACAUGUGGGUUUCUUCUUAGUGAAGAAUCCGAAUCUAGACACAGUGGUGGUACCACAAACGAUCGUUGCUACUCAGACAGCUAGCUAACAGCGGCGAUCGUGACUUCCGGUGAGGGCACGAAAGCCAGGGGAGAUUAAGGACGACACUCCACGGUUGAAUUUCAGACUCAACAAGUGUUUAAAAGUGUAUGACAUACAGUUACUAAGGAAAGAAUCCAAAUUGAGACGUUUGUACAGCAGACGAUAGCGUUGCUACUUAGCUAGCUAGCUAACGGCGGCAAUCAAGAUUUGAGACACUUCACGGUUGAAUUUCACACACUGAGCAGUUGCUCACAGUUUUCAGUAUGGCAGUGGACUAAUGGAAGUAUCUAGAUUGAGACACAGCAAUAGACACAUCUCGUUAGAGUUGUUAGAAGAAGAAAAAAGCCUUAAGACAGUGAUGUUUGUCUACACACAUCCCCUCUCCUGCUUUCUCUUUCUCCUGAUUCUCCCACAUGUACAUAGAUAAAAACACGCAUACUGUAUGUACUCCAACACUGACUUCUCUGCGGGAUGUAAUGAGAAGUGGAGACGGACGGACAGACGGACGCUGGCUGGAUUGUAACUCUUUUUAAUGUCUUUGUGAACAGCAGGAUCUUCUCUUCUGUAAAAAUGGGUUAAAAAAAGUUGCCAUAGAAAGGGUGGUGGGGGGGGGGGGGGGGGGGGGGUGAUAUUUCAAAAAUGAAUGAUCUAUUCUGUUGUACAGAUUAAAUAAUGUUCCGUGUGUACAAAUUGUAGUUGUGACAUUAUGUUUUUAGAGUUGUUGCCAUAUUUUGCUUUGUAUUCCUGUGACCGGCCCGCUCACAACAGCAUUGACCUUUUCACACUCUUUUAGAGACAUGGAUUUACGUCGUUGAUCGAUAAAAAGCCAUCGUAUAGAUCUAUCUGAUUGUGCCAAAAUGGAGGCAGAUAUCGUAGCUUUCUAGCUAAGUUUUAUUCAACUUUUGUUGCUGCGAUAAAAACUAAGAGGAAUUAUCUGUGUGUAGAGACCUUUGAGACUUAUUAGAGGUGUGAUUGAAAAUACCUGCUCAUUGUAAUGCAAAAAUAUGACAAUGCUGCUUUUCUGAUUGAAAUAAUAUUAAAGUGGAUGUUUUUGUUCUGACAAAACACGACAUUUGAACAGCUCUUUGGACAUGUUUCACUAUUUCUUUAUGUAGAAUUCUCAAAGAAAUGAUCAGCAGAAUAAUACAUACUUAAACUAAACGUACAAAUGCGUUGUGAAGCACUGUUUUGGGUUUUGGACAAAACAAGACCUCGAGUUUGAAAUGUUUUUGCUAUUUUCUGGCAUUUUAAAGACCAAAUAAUUAAUCGGUUAAUAACAAAAUAAAUGUCAGAAUGAAUCGUGAAUAUCAUAAUAGUUAUUUGAAGCCUUCAUAGGAAUAUGUCUAACAUAAAAUCGCAUCAAUAACUCAUCAAUAAAAAAAGUAGUUUUAGGGUUAGUAAAGAGCAGUGGUAAAGAAAAUAGAUUAAUAGCUGUGACUGAAGAAUGCAUGUUAGCUUCCAGAAGAAUAGCUGAAAUGAAACUAUACAUAAGUAGUCGUUCCCCAUGUUGCUGUUGUGACCGGGCCUCGUUAAUAAAAUGUCUCCUUUUCCGUUUUGCACUUUUGAGAGUGAGUCAGAAUCUGUUGCAUUUUUUUAUUUUAUUAUCAUUUCUACAAUAUUGAACUGCUGUGUAUAUUUUUGUACUUGAUUGUCUUUUUUUUUUGUAUUAUUAUUUAAUUUAUUCUCAGUUAUUUAUAUGAUAGAGAAUGUUUCUUACCGUCAAAUUAUUUAAGGAUAUUUUUGUCAUGUUUAAGUUAUUAUUUUUGCUAUCCUUAAUUUUUCUGACGAGAGGAAUCUGUAAUAUACAUUUCUGAAAAAUGAUUUACCGUAAUUUAAGAAUGUAGACUUAGCCUCUUUGAGAGGAACGAACCCUCUGUUGAUAACUGUCCCCCCCCCCCCCCCCAAACAAACACUCAUCUGUAAAUACUUUUCUGACAGCUUAUUUAAAAAGCUUUGACCUCGUGCGGUUGUUUGCAUGUUCAGCAUUCGUCUUUUCUUUGCAUGUCGUCGUUGGGAUUGUUCUCCUGUUCCCUUGUUUCUCUUCAUUUAUGUAUUUAAGUUCUUUACGUUUUAUUUUUCGUAUUAUUUAUUUUUUCCACCCUUUUUGAUUACUGUGCACACACGCAGUAACCGUGCAAUGCAUCCUCCUUUCAUUCUCUCAAAGAGGGAGCUCUCUGCGGAUCGCUGGGUUCACAAGAGAGUGAAAAUUAAAGCAAUACCUUUCAUUGUCCGCGUUCCUCUUUUUCUACGGGGGGGAAUCACACUGAACGGACUCUGCAGGAUAAACCACUGGCAAUGUAUUCCCUCGUGAUGUUACUGUGAACAACUUCAGUGCUAAAGGAAAUAAAUCUGUUGACUUUG